GCUCUGCCAGCAACACAAACACGGUCCCCAUCUACAUCAUCAUCGCCGGGGCCAUUGGCGGCGUCCUGCUCACCUGCGCCUGCAUCUCCGUCUGCAUCAUGUUCCGGAUCCGCAGGAAGAAACGAGACAAGAGACAGGAAGCUGCUCGUCAGAAAUCCACACAGAGGAACGCCCUAGAGAUGGCAGUCACCAACAGCUCCAACACCACACAGUCCUUGUCCAGACAGAACAACGAGAGCCAGGGCAUCAGACAAG